AUGCUCAACAGAUUUACGGAUAUAGAAGCAAUCAGUAAACAUACGCCAAUUAAUGCUUAUUUAAACUCACCAUUAGUCCCCUUAGAAACAGCUGUACAACCCAUAUCAAAUUUGGUAGAUAAUAUCGUCACAAACGUGGCUGAAGCAAAAAAGAAGAGUACCAAAACACCAGCGCAUGGUUUAACCCAUGAUGAGGCAUCGGCUAUUUAUUUGUAUACGAUGGAGUCCGGUCCAAAAAGUGUUUAUACCGUCUUAAAUAAAGCUCUACGAUCGAAUAUUAGUUCCAACGUCCUACCCUGGUUUUCAUAUCUAAAGCUACUCCAUACGGCAUUGAACAAACUACCAUCCGUCAAUGCUCGGGUUUGGCGUGGUAUCCGUGAAAAUAUCAGUGGUCAGUAUGCAAGUGGGGCUAACUUCACCUGGUCGGCUGUCACAUCAUGUGCUGAACAAGUCGAGAUUGUACAAAAUUUUCUUAUUGAAGGCAGUUAUAAUACACUAUUUUCAAUCGAUUGUAUCCAUGGAAAAUCCAUUAAAGAUCACUCGCAUUAUGUAUCAGAAAAUGAAAUUAUCUUGAUGCCUGGAACAAGAUUAGAAGUUUUCGGUAAACCAUUUUGCAUGAACGGUAUUUAUAUUGUACAAUUAAAAGAAAUAACUAAACAAACGCCGGUAGCAUCAGUGACAUCAACAGUAUCAUCCUUACCAGAUAUAAAGACACUUAAAUUACAGAAAUCGUCGUCGACAUUAACAACAGCAACUACCGCAGCAAAAUUAACGAGCAAAAUACCGUCAACGACAGAAACAACCGACGUUACAAAAAUUUUAUCAACGGACAAACCCGUUGAACAGAAACCAGCAAACAACACGUUAGCGUCGAAAACGAUCCAUUGUCCGCAUUGCUUAGCAUCUAACACAUGGAAUACCUAUAUUCGUGGUGGUACAUGCACAUGUAACUCAUGCGGGAAGAAUUUCAAGGAGAUCGAUUGUCCACAUUGUUCUGAAUCCAACAUUUGGAAAGAGGCUAAUUAUAUACAAGGUCAUAAAUAUGCUUGUUGGUCAUGUAAAAAUUCCAUUCAACAUGUCAAUUGUCCACACUGUAGCGGUGCAAAUUUUUUCAAGGACGGUAAUUAUCAACAAGGUACAGUUGUUACAUGUUGUAAUUGCCAAAAAACAUUUCAAGAAUUGAGUUGUUCACACUGUAAUAGUUCAAAUACAUGGAAAGAUGCAGACUUGAAAGUAGCAGCACGAAUUACUUGUGCAGAUUGUAAAAAGAUAUUUCAAAAAAUCGUUUGUCCACAUUGUUUAAUGGUGAAUAAUUUCAUUAAUGCUGAUUAUAAAGAAACUACAAAAGUCACAUGUGCUGAAUGUAAACGCGAAUUUCAACAUAUUAAUUGUAUACAAUGUGGGAAAGCUAAUUUUUACAAACAAGCUAAUUAUCUUCAAGGAACACGGAGUAGGUGUUGGUCAUGUAAGAAAGAAUAUCAGUGUGUUCGUUGUAACCAUUGCAGUAGUGUUAACAAAUGGGCAUCUAAUUAUGAACAAGGUCUGGAGAUUACAUGUGUUGAUUGUAAAAAAAAAUUUCAACACAUCAACUGUCCACAUUGUAAAAUGGGAAAUUUUUGGAUUAAAUGUAAUUAUAUACAAGGUAGUGUCAUCCCUUGUUUUUCUUGUAAAAAAGAAUUUCAGCACAUCAACUGUCCACAUUGUUCUGUAUCUAAUAUAUGGUCUACAGCUAAUUAUCAUCAAGGUGGAAAGCGUACUUGUUUUGUUUGUAAAAAAUCAUUUCAACAUAUCAACUGUAUCCAUUGUACAGUGUCAAAUUAUUUUAAAAAAGCCGAUUAUAAACAAGGUCAAAUUUGUACAUGUUUCGGAUGUAAAAAAACAUUUCAGCAUUUAAAUUGUCCACAUUGCAAAUGGGCUAUCAUCUAUCCAAAUGCUGAUUAUACUGAUGGUACAGAGUCUAGUUGUCCCGUAUGUAAGAAAAAAUUUCAGCAUGUCGAUUGUCCCCAUUGUCAUGAAGGCAAUUUCUUUCUCGAAUGUAAUUAUCAAUAUGGUUUAAAAUACAACUGUCCAUCUUGUCAGAAAAUAUUUCAACAUGUUCAGUGUCCUCACUGUUUGAAAGGAAAUUUUUGGUAUGAUGACCUUGUUUACAAACAUGGUCUAAAAGUGGACUGUUAUCAUUGUAAACAAGCAUUUCAACAUGUCUGGUGUCCUCAUUGUACAAAAGGAAAUUUUUGGAAAAAUGCUGAUGAUUAUAAACAAGGAGUACAGAUAACUUGUGCUGCUUGUCAGAAUACAUUUAAACAUAAAACAUGUAACGACUGCACCACACCAAAUUAUUGGAAAGAUGCUAGUGUAGAUGUAUCUACAGGUGUUAAUUGUUGCACAUGCCAAAAACCAUUAUAA